ACAGUGAGGUAGGCUCCUGGUGGGAGGGACCAGGACUUAAAGGCAGCAGACCGACCAGCAGACCCAGCAGCACUUUCACUUUGAGGCGAGGAAGAGGAGGAGGCCGGAGCCUUCAGCACAGACCAGACCAGGAGAGACCAGACCAGCAGGCCCCAGACCAGCAGGGAUCAGCAGAGACCAGCAGGGACCAGCAGGGACCAGCAGAGACCAGACCGGCUGCAGGAUUCCAGCUCAGGACUGGAGUGUGGAGGCAUGGCCUGACGGGACAGAUGGGGAUUUCUCUUCCUUUCUUUUUGUGGAAAGUACCAGAGAAUCUGAGAGGAAUGUCAGCAUGAAGCCGUGAAGGAGGAAAAGUUCAGCCAGAAAACCAGAAAACAACAACAAAACAAACAACAACAACAAACAGAGUCUGCACAGUGUUUUACUGUCAACCACAGAAAUGGAGACGGGUCCAUUCUUCGAAAGAUAAAAGGAUGUCACUGCCAGAGUUCGGCUAAUAGACGCAGGAAAUGAUGUUUUUUAGGAGGUAUGCAGUCUGAACAAGCUGCUAAACCACAGAAAGUUUCCACCGAUCAUGUGUUUUUGGUUGUGUCUCCGUGUGAGAGCAGUGCUUCUGCUGCUAUCGCUGUCGACUGUCGUUUCUGGUGGAUGUGACUUUGACAAGGAAGGUGUGAGGAACGUUAAGGCGACCAUCGACUCCAAUCCCACCGGGUUUCGGACGGUUUUUCCUAAAGACUACUAUGUGGUUCACCGCUACAGCAGCAGCAUGCUCUGUGACUCUCAUCCGUGCUGUGUGUUUCCCGCUGCAGUCAUCCUCCUGGAUUCCUGGAAUGUUCUGCUCAGGAACCUCUGGGAGGAGCACCUGAACCAUUCCCUAAUCCUGGACCUGAAGCAGACACUGGACAGAAUCAUCAGGAGGAACAAGAACACGGAGAGGUUCCAGGAGGAGACCGACCUGGCCCGGUUCUCCACGUCCACUUCCUCGCCCGAGGAGCUCCUGAAGCUGACGUCAGAACUUUUCACCCGGUGGCUGGAGGUCGAUUGCUCGACCUCCAUGGAGACCUGCUCGCUGCCCACGCUGCCGCCCACCGUGGAGAGGAAGGACUUCAGUCCCUCCAGGGCCAGACUCUUGAUCACCAGAGCCGUGGGCAGCGAGGAGGAGGAGGAGGAGGAAGGUCGGGCUAAGAAGAUGGUGGACCAGCCGUCGACCAGCGGAGCUCCUCUGUCUGUUCCUGCCUCGGUGUGGAGCCCCCUGAUGUUCAGACUCUACUGGUGGCUGCUGCCCUAAAGGAUCUUCUCCAGACGCUGCACACAGAAUGCAAGAUGUUUCCUGGCACUGAAUGAUUGUUUGUGUUUUAAUGCAGGAAGCUUUGUUCAUAUGAAGUCACGUGCACGGGUUGCAUUUAACGUCCAAAGUUAGUCCAAACUGCUAAAAGGAUCAUUCCACAACUGGAAGACAUUUAAAAAUCAACCUUCUCUUCUCCAGUUAUCUACUCCAUAUUGAUCAAUAAUAGGUAUUGAUUGGCUCAGCUUCCACAUCAAUGGUAGCAUUUUUAUUCCAUGUUUUCUGUGUUGUUUGCUAACCCUACUCUAAUCACAGUAACAGGGUUGCUAAUCCAUGCUAAUGUGAUCUUUUUCUCAGCAGUAGAAGCUAGAUAUUUAGCUGCUGUUACUGCUGACCAAGAGGACAAACUGACUGAUGGAAAACAGUCAAGUUCUCUAACUUUGACACUUUAACUCUAUGAGUCUAACUCUGAUUCUCCCACUCUGACUCUUUAACUCUAUGACUCUAACUCUUUGAUUCUUUAACCCUAUGACUCUUUAACUAUGACUCUAUCUCUAUGACUCUCUACUCUGACGCUUUAACUCUGUGACUCUCACUCUGACUCUAACUCUGACUCUUUGGCUGUAUGACUCUAGCUCUGACUCUAACUCUGACUCUUUACCUCUAUGACUCUCUAACUCUUAGACUCUUCAACUCCAUGACUCUAACUCUUACUCUUUCACUCUAUGACUCUCUAACUGUUUGACUCUUUAUCUCUGUGACUCUAACACUGACUCUCUAACUCUCACUCUUUAGCUUUAUGGCUCUAAUUCUGACUCUUUAACUCUAUGACUCUAACUCUGACUCUUUAACUCUUUGACUCUUUAGAAAAUGGCAUUUUAGGGGGAACUUCAGACUUACUUGGGAUUUAAAAAAUUUAAACAUUCUUUUCUCCUAGUUUUUGUCUCAGGACAAGAACAUUUACACAACAACUGCAUGCUUUAGGGUUUUCUACAUGGAUUAUUGCAUGUAAAACAUCCUCCAGUUGUGGAAUGAUCCAGCAGCUCACCGUCCAGCAGGAUCAGCUGAUCUCACAGAUGUAACCUUCAGUAUAUCGUGGAGCUUCUCGCGCUAACCGAUGUCGAGCUACGUGCACAUACGCCAUGUUGUCACUGUUUACAAUGAAUGUGGUGUGAAUGUCAGAUGGUACAGUCUAUGGGUUUUUGUACAUAAAUGUAAAUUAAAGACAUUUAGAUAUA